AUGACAAAUACUGCUGUAAAUUCCCCUACUGGAAGUAGCUCCUCUGUUAGUUCAGUUGAACCAUCAAGUUCUACAGAGGCUAAACGAAGAAAGGAUGUGAAUCCACCAAGGAGAGGACGCCAAGUGUAUCCCCUAAGAAAGAAUAGUCUUGGAGGAUCUUCUUCUCAAUUGGUGGUGGCCGUAAGAAUAAGACCGUUAAAUGAAAGUGAGAAGCAGAAAAAAGGAUUCGAAUGCGCUUAUGCGUUGGAUCAGCAGGUAAUUCAGCGAGUUUCAUUAUCCUUGCCUUCAGAAAGUGUUGCUAGUAGAUCCAGAAAAGUUUGAAAAUAAUAUUCUACGGCAGAAUCGACAACAUGAACGGACAUUCAACUUUGAUGCGGUUUUUGGACCCGGCUCUGAACAUGUAAGAUCUUGUUCUGUCGCAACGUAUUGCAUGCUUAUUCAUUUAUUAAUUUGCAAGGGAAAUACCCCAAGUGCGACGCUCAGAUUUUGAUGAAACUUGUCACGAAUUUAGACAACGUUUUUUUUAACAAAAAGCCAUAUGCGAGACUCUUGGCUAGCGCAGCCGAAACGACAAUAUGGAAAGAUCGUUUCUGUCGCUGAAGAGCGCAAGCUAAGUAUGAAUUGCUAUGUGUCUUAUGUCCCGCAUGAGUGCAAAAUUAAAAAAAAAUCCGAGCGUCGCACUGGGGGUACUUCUUUGUCAGAUGGAAGUUCACGAAGCUACAACAUCUCCUUUGGUUGAUUUUGUCGUUGCCGGCUCUAAUGCCACAGUGUUUGCAUACGGCCCAACUGGAUCAGGCAAGACUUACACAAUGGUCGGAACUCCGGAGAAACCCGGGCUGAUGACAUUACUGACAAGGGCAUUGUAUCAAAAGCUUACUAAAGAAGAUACGGUCUACAUAUCAUUUCUGGAGAUUUACAACGAAGUCAUAAAAGAUCUUUUGAAUCCGGGCGCUGGAGCUUUGGAUUUAUUAGAAGACGAGAAAGGAAACGUGCUGGUCCCUGGGCUUUCACGGGUCAAAGCGCCAAAUACGACUAAGGUAGGGGUGUUACGGAGAUUGCUCGAUUCAACUGCCCGUUCUGAGGCACAAUGAAUAAUACAAACUAAAUAAAAAUAUUUUUUUGCAGAUAAUGCAGAUUCUGCAAGAAGGAAACUCUCGGCGAACGCAAGAGCCUACAGCUGCGAAUAAGUCAUCCUCUAGGAGUCACGCCCUUCUUCAAGUUACCCUGUAUAAGAAGCAAGUCCAACAUGGAAAACUCUUUCUGAUUGAUCUUGCUGGAUCAGAAAGAGCCUCUCAAACCCAAAAUCAAGGCCAAAGAUUAAAGGAAGGCGCAGCAAUCAACCGAUCUUUACUCGCCUUAGGAAAUGUAAUCAAUGCAUUGAGCACCAACAACAAAGGGAGAUAUGUCAAUUACAGAGAUAGUAAACUAACAAGGUUACUGAAGGAUUCGCUUGGAGGAAAUUCGAAGACGAUUAUGCUUGCUCAUGUAACACCAGCAUCACUAAACUACGACGAGACCUACAACACUUUGGUUUAUGCAAAUCGUGCAAGGAAUAUUACAACCAGAGUAAGCUUUUGUAAUAAGUAUUGUAUCAAAGGCACUUUACCGAGCUCAGAAUUCAUAUUACAAAACACUUCGCGACCUUUGGAGCCCAAUUUCCCGAGCUUUAAAUGUUGUUCAUGCUUUGCUGGUCUUUUUAUGAACUUCCUUAAUUCAGAACGGAUGAAAAGUUCGCAACAAAGAGGUUUCUUACUCUAAAAUCUUAUUGUGUAGGAGUAACUUUUUAAUUGUUUUCAGAUAACGUACAACCGGCCAGUCUCGGCCGAUCAGGCAUAUUCCGAGGCGAUGAAGGAUAUACGGAAGCAGGCGGCAGAUCGAAAUGGGAUGAUUCAUGCAGAAUCGUCUCAUCAGAGUAAGUGUUAACCUAUAAUCGGAGCAUAGAUUUGUGAUCAAACGUUGUGUUUAAUAAUUUUCAGUAUCAGAAAAAGGCCUAACAACGAAAGCAGCCAAUAUCGAUGGCCAUGGCCCCAAUAAUCGCCGAUUUGCCAAUUUAUUCCACUCGCUAAAAGCACAGUACUUCUCUACAGUAGAAAAGUUGACAAAACUAAGAGAACGGUUAAUGAAAAUCAAUCACGAAGCAGUUGACUUGGAGAUGAAUGUAAGCGCCAAAAGAGCCAUAUUGGAUGCGUGGGAGAACAGGACAAAAGAUGAUGAAGACAAGUAUUCAGAAACUGUCGAGAGAAUAAAAAAGGAUAUGGGGGAACAAGUACGUACGGAGUCAUUGUAAAGAGACGCUAUUUUGUAUUAUUAGAGAGGACUUUAUUACAUUUGUAACUUUAGGAGACAAGACUGAGCAGUUUACAUGAUACCCGACAGAAAUCAGAAAGACUAAUAAGGAAGAAUCAAGAUAUUUUGGAUGGAAUUGAGGCCAGGAUGAGAGGACAAGCAAAGGAUGCAGAUCAAAAUGAAAUGGUCAACCUGCUGGUCAGGAUGGCUGAACGAGAAGCUGAAAGUAAGGAUUGAUUUCUUUCUUUAUAUUGUUACAAUUUACAUUUUUAGAAGUAGCCCUGGCCUCCGACGCAGCCCUCAAGAAUCUGAAAAUCCGCCGACAAGAAAACUCCCUGCUUAAGGUUCAAAAAUACGGACAAAUUGCUGAUAAAUUAAUAUCAGCCAACCUAUCGGAUGAGGAGAGACAGAAGUUGCAAGCGGAAUAUCGAAUAAUCAAAACCCAACUCAAUUAUCAUCUAAUACCUUUGAAAGUUAAGGACAAUCUAACUUCUUGGAAUUCCCAAUUACUGGAUAAGAACCUAAGUAAUAAUAAGCCGGUCAAGAGAGUCAGGCUUCCCGAAAUUCCGACUAGUGCUUCUACAACAAGCUCAGAACAAGGUAAGUGAUCCUAUAGUUGAUAAUGGCUAAUAAAAAUAUCUUAGGAGAGAAAAGAUCAAGUGUUGGGGCCUUACCUGCCAUCCAAACAUAG